AUGCUAAAAACAAGCCUCACAGCAAUAAAAUAUACCUGUGUCUUUCAGGAGUUUGCGGAUGCAGUAUUCCAGAUGGUCACAGAGAAAUUCAAAGAGCUGACAGACAAUUUGACCUCCUCACAUGCAAGGCAUAAGGUACUAGCAGGAAUCGUAAUGACAAGAGGUAAGGUGCCCAGGCGGAAGAUAAGUAAACAGCCAGAUGACUGGGAACGGUCAAUUUUUGCUCGUCAGAAGGAGGGAGGCUACAAGCUGAAAGAUAGCAUCCUCUUCCAUCUAUACAUAAGCACACCCCCAUGUGGAGAUGCACGUCUCAACUCUCACCGAGAAGCAAGGGCUGAACUGCUCCACAGUAGACCAUUGAACAGGAAAGUCCGUGGGCAUCUAAGAACAAAGAUUGAAUCUGGAGAAGGCACCAUUCCAAUCCGAACCUGCCACUCCAUCCAGACAUGGGAUGGAGUAUUACAGGGAGAACAUCUACUCACAAUGUCCUGCACUGACAAGAUUAACAGGUGGAACAUUCUGGGUGCUCAAGGAUCUCUCCUGAGUCAUUUUAUUGAACCGAUCUACCUACAGAGCAUUGUGUUGGGAAGCACACAUCACGUUGGUCACAUUUCCCGUGCAUUAUGCCAACGGCUGGAGGAUGUUGUUCAGCUGCUACCACCUUAUCGAUGCAACCAGCCUCUCCUGAGCGGCAUCAGUAGCACUGGAUUUCGUCAGCAAGGGAAGUCUCCUAGCUUCAGUGUAAACUGGACGUUGGGUGACUCCGACCUGGAGGUCAUUAAUGCCACAACUGGAAAGGGAGACCUGGGUAGCUCGUCCAGACUCUGCAAACGUGCACUUUAUACCCAGUGGGCCAAGCUUUACGGCAAGCUGAGUACACGAGGCUCGAACCUUCAGGGAGCGCCAUCCAUGUACUGCGAAGCCAAACUGGCAGCCGAGCCCUACCAGGCAGCCAAGCGGCAGCUGUUUAAAGCAUUGCGGAAAGCCGACCUGGGCACGUGGGUGAAGAAACCACCGGAGCAAGAUCAGUUUCUGCCAACUGCGGAGGGACAGCAGACAAAGGCGCUGGCUUGUGAUUUUUAAUGUGGACUUCAACAAAAGAACAUGAAAAGCUAACCUCCAAAUCUCCCCCAUUUCUUCAGAAGACAGCUUCAUGCCAUCACCUCAACGCAACCCUUUCCUGCCCCAUCAUGACAAGGCUCAAAAGCUGUUCAUAGUAAAUGCGGAGCUCCAUUGCCCAUUGAUAAUGAAUUGCCUGACAGAAUCAAGAACCCUCUAUUUCUCACAUUGCAGCUGAAAAUCAACAAGGAGUAAAAAUUCAGUAAUAUAAAGUCGGAAAUUCAAACUGUUCGCCCAACAACUGAUGUGACAGGCACUUUAGAGAGAAGGAUAAAAUCCUUCUAUCAUCAACUUCUCUGAUAGGGUGCUCUCAUUCCAAAUGCUCAUUUGCUGUGUCCAUUAAAUACAAUUUAAGAAUUAGUUUCUUAUUAAUCUGUAAUUUAUGCACAGUCUCCUGAUGCACAACUUAUACAAUCUUUUCCAGUUAAUGUCCAAACAUUAACUGGUUUGAAGUGAUUAUUCAACUUUGGUGUAAAGCAAAAUUAAACUGAGCUAGCACAACAAAAAAAAUAGCCUUAGCCCCACCCGAAUCAGUAUUGUUUAUCGCUGAAGUAAAUAUCUUUGUAUCACAAUCAGGACAUGAGUGUAUUAACACCAAGCAAUGAGCUGUUCAGUGAAGCACAACAAAACUCUUUUGGAGUCAAGACAGCCAACUCUAUGGGAAAUGGAGGUAGACCCCAGGUGAAACAGUAGCUAAGGAUUCUGGCCUGUUUGAGAAUCAUACUUCCACAAUUAGGCUUUCAGUUUAAAGGUCGAUCAAACGUUAUAUUGGAAACAAGAGAAUAAAAUCCGUGAAACCA